AUGGCCUCAGGUAGCUGCGCUUGCCAUUAUAUCAGUUACACGGCCUCCAAUCCCCCAACCUCCCUGGUCAAUUGUCAUUGCACAACCUGCCGCAAACAAGCCGGCGCACCCUAUCAAUCCUGGGCAUUCUUCGCGACUGAAGAUAUCCGAUGGCACAUCAACCCCACAGAACGCCGGGUAACCAACGGUGCUACGCGUACCUUCUGUCCUCAAUGUGGUUCGACUCUAGGAAUGCUCCAGCAUGGUGAUCCAAAGGGGAUCGCAAUCGCUGCGGGGACACUCGAUGAAGGGGAAACACAUAUCCCACUGCCAAGCCAUCAUAUCUUUCUUAGCGAGAAGGCGUCUUGGUUUGAAUUACCCGAGGGGGAUGGGGCAAAGAGGUGGGAUAAAUGGGGGGGAUUAUAA